AUGGCGACCUCGACGGCAACAACCACUCAGGUUAUAACAAAACUGCCCUCUCUCCGCCGGGUGUCAAGCGGUUUCACCGUGGCCCGCAACUUCCAUCUUGAUGAGGAGACCGAGCUGCAGCACCCCCCUGCGGAAGGAAUACAGUCGGAUCCAUACUCAUUCAGACGUGCUAUCAAGACGGAAGGGGAGCUGCAGGAACUGCGCAGAAAGAAGGGAGGCAGGAUGCUCGCCCGAUACCAUGCUCGCCAGAAUGAGCUCAUUCACAGCUUGCUGACCCCGAUGGAUGAAAUCACGCUGCAGGCCAAAGAGGCGGAGGAGGAAUCCAAGACACCUGUUAAGAUCGCUGUGUGGGCAAGUUUGCUGGCGAACUUCUGUCUUUCUGUACUCCAAAUCUACGCGGCCGCUUCCUCAGCAUCCCUCUCCCUACUUGCGACAGGCAUCGACUCUGUUUUCGAUAUCGGAAGCAACGUCAUGCUGUUUUGGCUGCAUAAAAAGGCGGAGAAGUUGGAUGUGAAUAAAUGGCCUGUGGGUGGAAACCGUCUAGAGACGAUUGGUAAUGUUAUCUAUGGAUCUUUAAUGGCAGCGGUGAAUUUGGUCGUCAUUGUCGAAUCCGUACGAACUCUCAUCGACCACAACAAUAGCGAUGACACCAACUCUUUCCACUUACCUUCAAUCAUCGCUGUUGCAGCCGCACUCGGCACGUAUCUGUCCUCCUGUGCCUGUCGCACUAUCUUAAUCGGAAAUAUUGCAGGUGUGAAGGUGCUACUCUUCAUCUACUGCUUUUCCGUGCGAAAAGCAUCCAGUCAGGUUGAAAUUCUGUGGGAGGAUCAUCGUAAUGACUUGUUCGUCUAUAGUUUCGGUAUUCUCAUGUCUGCGGGAGGUAGCAAGCUCAGGUGGUGGUUGGAUCCUGCCGGUGGAUUUAUUAUUGCUUUAGGUGUGAUUUUGGCAUGGACUCGUACAUCUUACAAGGAAUAUGCCUUAUUGGCGGGCAAAGCCGCCCCCCAUGAUUUUGUUCAGCUCGUCAUCUAUAAGGCCCUGACAUUCAGCCAUGAAAUCGACAAGAUAGACACUGUGCGAGCAUACCACAGUGGACCCGAAUAUUUUGUUGAGGUCGACAUUGUCAUGCCCGGUGACACGCCUCUGUGGAAGUCCCACGACAUUAGCCAGGCCAUGCAAGACAAGAUUGAAGCACUCCCGGGGGUCGAAAGAUGCUUUGUUCAUGUGGAUCAUGAAACAACACACAAACCGGAACAUCGCAAAGUGGAAUGAAAGGAACCAAGAUCUUGAGGAUCGGCUCCCACUAGUAGCUACAUUGAUAGACUUGCAUGACUCUAUGUUACACUUGCGGUUGAUGGGAAGGGAUAACAUGCCAAUGAUGUACCUAAAGUAGUGCUCUACCAGACUCACCUUCCUCCACCAAUCGCGCCCAAUCAGACCUCCAUUGAUCGAUGUCUCUUCGCAGCUUCUUGUCAUCCAACAUGUGGCGAAUCCACGCCAGCAUGGAGUUCUCGUCCUGCGGUACGAAGUAGGAUGACAACAAGGAAAGGAUCGUUUCAAAGGUAGCGUCUGGCGAUGCGAGGUGGUCCUUCAACACCCAGAUGAUGCUGACGGCCAUGGCUACCAUCAGAUCGCGACCCUCGUAGAAAAAUGCAUCCCAAAUACGAAUUUGAGUUUGAAAUGGGACGACAUUGGCAAAAAGCGUAAUGUACCACUUAGUAGCAUAAGAAGUUGAAGAUAUCGUGUUCUUUCGGAACGACGCAUAAACGUCAGGCAACAUCGUUUCCAUGAUCCGUUCCUGCACGUACAAAUUCUCGAGGAGACCAGGAAAACCGGGCUGGAAGAUGCUGUGCAUAUGGUAGUCAUCGUGUAAUCUUACCAUGCACGUAUAUGCUCGCUCAGGCUGAAGAUAACACAACAAGGUGGAGGCGAUAGGACCCAUGCCUUGAACAUACCCGCAAUCUGGGCAAAGGAGAGAAAAGCAAUGGAGAACCCGGAAUAAGGAUCGUUGACCUAAACCAUAGCGUGUGUAAAAGAACACAUGGCCAGUGAUCGUACGGGGUACAUCGAGAUCGAUUUGUAUGUCGAAAGUGGAUGGAUGGUUGAUGAGCUCAAAGUAACGCUGCUGUAAUUGUUCAACUGAAAGACGCGAACGAGGCACAUCUAGCCAAUUGAGUCUGCUUUCUAUGACUGACCACCAAGCAGCUCCCCUCCAUCGAUCCGGCACUCCCUUGUAUAGUCGAGAUCGCAACUUCCGUCCUUUCCGUUCGUCGAAAGUCCAUGCAGCCACAUUCCCUCCAUCGUCUCGCUUUGACACUCGCAUCAUACGCUCCCAUUUGUCCGUCCUCUCAAUCUCCUUAUCUUUUGGCACUUCUCGCAGUUUAGGUGGCACACGUAGCUCCGGUGGGCUUGGCGACAUAGACCGCGACGCGAGCCUGACGUGGGUCAAGCGUUUCUUCAGCGGCAAUGCCGGCAACAAAGCAAGACGAGCAUCGUGGUGGGCUUCUGACACCAUGUAAAAUCCAUACCGAUCCAGGCUCUUCAACACCCCUUCCUCUUUCUCGGUGAGGCCACUUUCACUCAGCUGGCUUCCUUCCUGGACAGAAUACGAGGAAACCACUCUAGUGCGGGUUCUCUCUAUGCCCUCAUCGUAACCAUCUCCGGGCACUCCCUCGUGGUCCAGGGUUGCAUACGUCGCUCGGACAUGAUAGCAAUCGUCGUCUUCGUCAGGCGCCUGCACUGAGUACGCUUGAGAG